AAUGCACAUAAAAAUGUAUGUAUGGUUGCCUAUCGUGAAAAUAUUUGAGGUUAUGUUUAUAACUUUAAAAAAUAUUUAAAAACACAUCACACAUAGAAACCCCAUAUUUUACUCUAUUUAAACCUCCAGCUCACCGUGCAGUCACUACUUCUUCCACUACAUGACCCACUUGUAAGUCGAUUUCAACAUAACCUCAAACCCGUAACGCAACAGGAAUGAUAGGAUGGACACCAAAUGUUGUGUUUGUCUCAACUGUGUCGACACUCUUCAAAAAAUCGCGUCGUGGGACUCACUAAUAACCAAACUGCAGGACCUAGUCCCGGAAGAGGAAUGGUGCGACGACUACAACAUCUGCCACUUGUGUACAACCGAACUAGAACGGGCCUACGAGUUUCGACAACUAUGCAUCCGGUACACCCUCGAGCGCAAAAGCGCCCUCCUCCCCAAGCCUGUCGAAAUCUUCUCGUGUUACCACUGCAGCUCCACCUUCACCGACAAGCAAAUCCUAGCGGAGCACAUCUACACCCACCAAGAAGACCGCAAACCCCCUGAAGUCCCCAAAUCCCUCUACACGAAGAAGUGUAAAUUGAAAGCCCCCAACAAAAAAACGCGCUCGUUUUCGUGCGAAGUGUGCGACGUGGUCAUGCCCCAAGCCAAACAAAUCGUCGAACACUGCUUCAGCGAACACUCCAUCGCGAAAAAGGUCGUGAAGCCCUACAAGUGCGACGAGUGCGUGAUGCGGUUCACCUCGUCGGCGAACUUAAUCCAGCACAAGAAGUACCACGACGGCAGCCGCUCCCACAUUUGUAGCAUCUGCGGUAAAUCGUACAUCACCAAGAGUGACCUCACCGUACACGAAUACACCCAUUUUAAUAGGAGGAAUUAUAAGUGCGAUGUCUGUGUUAAAGCCUUCAACACGAAUAAAAAUCUCCGCUCGCAUAUGCUAGUGGUGCACACGGACCCCGGGUUGUGGAAGUACGGCUGCGACGUGUGCAGUCGUCGGUUCCCCCUAAAAUCCGGCUACGAGCAACACAUGAAGAGACACACCGGAGACAAGCAGUUCGUGUGCCACAUUUGCGAGAAGUCGUUUGUUAGUCGCAGCGAGCUACAAAAACACAUGAGAUAUCACUCCCAAGUGAAGCCCUUCAGGUGUGACCACUGUGAUAAAUCGUACAAAGACAAGAGACUGCUUGAUAUACAUUUAGCGAAGAGUCACGGGAUAGGAAAUGCGAAAGUGCCGGUUAGGGAGAGAAAGUAUGCGUGUGACGCUUGUCCUAGUAGUUUUUCGGAGAAGCAAAAGCUGGAGAGACACGCACAGACCCAUGCGGGGGUCAAGCCUUUCGUGUGUCUCCAGUGUGAUAAAAAGUACUCAGAUAAGUAUUAUUUCAAGCAGCACAUGAAAAGUGUGCACAAUUUAGGUGAAGAGGGGCACGGUUUUGGAAGAAUUAGCGCCUUAAAUUACUACCACGAUGUCAACUACAUCAACUGCGUGAUACGCUCUGACCUUGGUCCUUCUCGGCGAAGUCUGACGACAGGAUCGAACGAUGGCUCCAGUGGCAAAUGCAAAUCCAGGCUGCUCCAGGGGGUGCAAAGUGUCGAACGGACAGCGAUCUCCAAUUCACGGCGUCGAGGAACCAAGGGGUUCAACAGGGAUCAGAUUCGCAGGCGAAAAUCACGUAGUGAUAAGCAAUACAGCAAUCAGAAGAUAAGACAUAAAAAAAGGAAAAAGAGGGUCCUGCAAGGAGGAAAAAAAACAGUUGUAGCGCCCCAAAAUCCGGAACAAAUCCGAAGACUGGCCGGAACCUUCACAAAUGUCCCUCAGGACGUCGUUCCUGGACCGAGUCUAACUGGGCGGUGCUUGCCCGGACAAUCCCAUCCACUGGCGAAGUCGUAUCACACAAUUAUGGAAAAAGGGGCCCACGGUUGUUGCGUAUGUCUCGCUAUAGCCCCCGAUUUGCGAAAAAUCACUGAAACUGACACAAAUGGGUGCCCCCUGAUGGUCAAGUUACAGGCGUGUGUUUCAGAAAUUGAGUGGGGCGACGACUACAAGAUUUGUCCGAGCUGCACCACCGACUUGGACACAUUCUACCAAUUCAGAGAAAAAUGUAUCACUAGUAACAUUUUCCGAAACCAAAAACUCGCAGAUCCGCCUUCGCCUUCAAGGGACUCACCACCCAAAGCCAAACCGGCAGGCCCCAAGUCCCAGAAAACGAACUUCACCUGCGACCAUUGUGACCGAACAUUUAAAACUAGUACUCAGUUCGUAGCCCACACUACCAAGGACCACAAACUCGACGCCAAAACCGUGAAACCGUUCGGGUGUUCUCUGUGCCCCAAACACUUCGCGUCCGCCGCCAACUUGAGCCAGCACUUGCAGUACCACAAGAGCGAGCGCUCGCACGUUUGUACGUUCUGUGGAAAGGGGUUCAAGACCCGCAGCGAUCUGGCCAUCCACGAGAAGCUCCACUUGAACAAGAAGGAGUACGAGUGCGAGGAGUGUCGCAAGCGGUUCAACACCCACAAAGACCUACGGACGCAUAAGUUCGUGGUGCACACUGAUUCGUCCCAGUGGCCCCAUGUGUGCGAGUUCUGUUCGAGGCGGUUCCCCACGAAGACUAAUUUCGACGCGCACGUGCGACGGCACAAGAAUGAGAGGCCUUUUGCUUGUCAUUUGUGCGAUAAGACUUUUGUGGUGAACGAUUCGUUGCAGAAGCAUUUUCUGGCGCAUAGUAAUCAGAGGGCGUUUGUUUGUGAUAUUUGUCAGAGGGAGUAUAAGCAUAAGAGGGUGAUGGUUUUGCAUAAGAAGCGGGUGCAUGGGGUGGGGGAUGUGAAGGUGCCUGAGCGGGUGAAAAAACAUUUGUGCCAUAUGUGUCCGAAGUCGUUUUUUGACAGGAAUAAGCUGGCGAAGCACAUGUGUAGUCACACGGGGGAGAAGCCCUACAUGUGUGGGGUUUGUGAGAAGAAGUUUGUCGAUAAGUCGUAUAUUAAGCCGCACAUGAAGAAGGUUCACAAUGUUGAUGAUGAUUAAACAAUUUUUGCACUA